AUGGCUGUCCUCAUCAUCACCAUCGUCAUCAUCAUGAUAUGCACCAUUAUCACCAUCAACAUUAUCAUCAUCAUCCACACUAUCACCACCAUCAGUGUCAUCAUCAUCACCAACACCAUCAUCGCUAUCACCAUCAUCAUCAUCACCAUCACCAUCACUGUCAUCUCUGUCACCACCAUCACCACCAUCAUCACCAAUACCACUCUCAUCACCCUCACCAUCAUCACCAUCACUGUCACCAUCAUCAUAUUCACCUCCAUCAGCGGCGCCGCGGGCCCGCAGGGGUCUAGACUGCCCCCCAUCCCAGGCGGCACCUCCGAGCUGGCCAAACGGAAGGUGAAGAAGAAGAAAAAAAGGAAGAAGACGACCAAGGGGUCUGGCAAGGGGGACGAUAAACAUCAGAGCCAGAGCGUGAAGAGCCAGCUGCUUUCUUCCUCCUCUCAUGACAUCUUAAGUCCUGGCAAAGACCGUGGCCCAAAACCAGAGCACAGACAGAACAAAGUGGAGAACAAGCACCUCCCUUCGGACUCCUCCACCGUCAGCCUCCCUGACUUUGCCGAAAUAGCCGAGAAACUUUCCAACCAGAUCAACGAAAGUCUGCGUUGGGAUGGAAUUCUUGCUGACCCAGAGGCAGAGAAGGAAAGGAUUCGCAUCUAUAAACUGAACCGGAGAAAGCGGUACCGGUAUUUGGCCCUCAAGGGCUUCCACACCGACCCCGAUGUCCUCAAGGGCUUCCAGUCCAACCCCGAUGCCCUCAAGAGCUUCCACAUCGACCCCGAUGUCCUCAAGGGCUUCCAGUCCAACCCCGAUGCCCUCAAGAGCUUCCAGGGCUUCCACACUGACCCCGAUGCCCUCAAGGGCUUCCAUACUGACCCCGAUGCCCUCAAGGGCUUCCACACUGACCCCGAUGCCCUCAAGGGCUUCCACACUGACCCCGAUGCCCUCAAGAGCUUCCAGUCCGACCCCGAUGCCCUCAAGGGCUUCCAGUCCGACCCCGAUGCCGAGGAGACCCCUGAGAACUUACUGUGCCUCUCAGACAAAGACGGCAGCUCCAGCUGCAGGCAGCCCACACUGAAAGCCGAGCACCCCAAUCUCUACUUUGAAGGAAACCUUACCCCAAAGCUUCUACGCUCUGAUCUGGCGCCUACUCUGCUGGAGUAAAACUCCACCCACAAUGCGACAAACUUAUAAUUUCUCUGUACCACCAGUUUAUGUGUUAAAAACAGUCAUCAUAAAAGGAAAUGAGA